AGGUGCAUCCUCGCCACGUACGUCGCGUGGGAAAACACACCUGCUGCUCAACUGUGAUGAUACUCCAGAAGGAGCACUGGAAAAGGAAGACAACAUGACAUCUCGUGCACUGCAGGCGUGGCCUGUUUCAAUAUGUCCAUCAUAAGGUGAUUAGUGCACUGGCAAGUCUGGAAGUCACUUUUCACCGCCAAACUGUGGAUUCAACACGCACUCGUGUCCCGUUUCUCUGGAGGUUUGCAUCAUCAUGAAGCGGGAAUAAGCCCUGAAAAAGGAGACAUGGCUUUCCCACGGAGGGUUUGGCAGCCACUUCUUCUGAAAACGCAAGAAUUCAACUCUGGAAAAGAUGCUUUAAACCUCGGAGUUUCAUUGCUGUAAGUCAAUUCUAGUACCGGAGAAUCAGGAUGAAAAGAUGGCAGCCAUGCUGUUACCACCGGGUCCUGAUGGCUUGCGGCCGUUCACUCGUGAAUCCUUGGCUGCCUUGGAGCAGCGGAUUGCUGAGGAGCAGGCCAGGAAUGCCAAGGAUUGCAAGGAGGCUCAGAAGAACGUGGAGCCCCCCAGACCUAGGCUCGACCUGGAGGCGGGCAAGCAGCUGCCGCGCAUCUUUGGUGACAUCCCUUCAGAACUUAUUGGGGUGCCACUGGAAGACAUCGACCCGUUUUACUUCAAGAACCAGAGGACUUUUAUAGUACUUAACAAAGGAAAGGCCAUCUUCAGAUUCAGUGCCACAUCUGCUCUUUACAUUUUAACCCCGUUCCACUUCCUCAGAUCUAUUGCCAUCAAAGUUUUAGUCCAUUCAUUAUUCAGCCUGUUCAUCAUGUUCACCAUUCUGACCAACUGCUUCUUCAUGGCCAUGUCAGACCCGGCACCAUGGACCAAGUACCUGGAGUACACUUUCACUGCCAUUUACACUUUUGAAUCAGCAAUAAAGAUAUUUGCACGAGGAUUCUGUAUAGUUCCCUUCACCUUUUUGAGGGACCCAUGGAACUGGCUGGACUUCAGCGUCAUUGUCAUGGCAUAUUUAACAGAAUUUGUCGACCUCGGAAACGUCUCUGCACUCAGAACCUUCAGAGUGCUACGUGCCCUGAAAACCAUCUCCGUUAUUCCAGGCCUGAAGACCAUUGUCGGAGCGCUCAUCCAGUCUGUGAAGAAGCUAGCAGACGUGAUGAUCCUGACUGUCUUUUGUCUCAGCGUGUUCGCCCUCAUCGGCCUGCAGCUUUUCAUGGGGCUGCUGCGACAAAAGUGUGUUCGCAGCCUCAUGCACUGCAUCAACUCCUCCUAUAGUCCUAAUGCAUCUUUCAUCUGCAACAACAGAACCUGGAGCUCCAGGGCAGACUUUCUCACCAGUGAAGAUAAUUUUUACAAAAUUGAAGGAGCAAAGGAUGCCUUAAUAUGUGGAUAUGGCAGCGAUGCAGGGAAGUGUCCAGACGGGUUUGACUGCCUAAAGGUUGGAAGAAAUCCAAACUACGGCUACACCAGCUUUGAUACCUUCGGCUGGGCUUUUCUGGCCCUUUUUCGUCUCAUGACCCAGGACUACUGGGAAAAGCUGUUUCACCAGACACUGCGCUCAGCCGGCAAGACCUACAUGGUGUUCUUUGUGCUGGUUAUCUUCCUGGGCUCCUUCUACCUGGUCAAUCUGAUCCUGGCUGUUGUAGCCAUGGCCUACGAGGAGCAGAAUCAGGCGACCAUCGCCGAGGCCUGGCAGAAGGAGAGAGAGUUUCAAAUGGCCAUGGAGCACCUCCGUCGAGAGCAAAGAUUGGCAGCAAAGAGACAAGCACAAGAGACCGACUCCAUCUUGUCCCCAGAGUUGUCUCCGUUCUGUGUGAAGACAGGAAGCAUGAGGAGAAGCAGCACUAGAAGGAGACGAUCUCACAGGACGUUAUCGGAAGAAACUGCAGAGGAAGCUGAAGACACGAUUGACCCACUAGAUGAGCUGAAGCCUCCUCUGUCUCCCCUGCCAGCCCACCCUCUGCUGGCCACGCUCUCCUCUCACCCGCUCAGCACCAGGCGAGCAAGCCAGAUCAGCAUCUUCAGCGCAUUUCGGGUACGCAACAACUCUGAGGCUGACUUCGGGGAUGAUGAGUACAGCAUCCAUGGGGACGCUUUUCGAAGCCGCACCAGUUCAACUGCGACGCACUGGAAGAGGAGGACAGGCAGUGUGAGGAGCCAUUGCUCCCAGGUCUUCACCCCCAGCCUCACGGUGAACGGACGACUCAAUGUUUCCCUCGACCACAACGGGGUCACUACAGUGGGACCCCACACCCCAAGCUCCUUGCCGGCUUACAGCAUGGAGAGAAUCAAGGAGGACACGAAACCAACCAGUGCAGAAGACAGUGUCCAAAAAGUUCUCCUUCAGCCAUCCCCCACAGUGACAGAGGGUCCUCCUGUGCACAGAAAAAGGGGACUCAGCUCUGUCAGCUUCUUCAGUGAUGCCAUGGACGAGUUGGAAGAGUCGAGACAAAAGUGCCACCCCUGCUGGUACACGUUUGCCAAGAAGUACCUGAUAUGGGACUGCUGCUCCUGGUGGCUGAAACUGAAGGAAUGGGUAAAGCUGAUGGUGAUGGAUCCUUUCUUGGACUUGGGUAUCACCAUAUGUAUCGUGCUGAACACCCUCUUCAUGGCCCUGGAGCACUACCCCAUGACUGAGGAGUUCAACACCAUGCUCUCGGUGGGGAAUCUGGUUUUCACUGGGAUCUUUACUGCUGAGAUGGUACUGAAGCUGAUCGCCAUGGACCCUUACUACUACUUCCAACAGGGCUGGAAUAUCUUUGACGGAAUCAUCGUUUGCCUCAGUCUGAUGGAGCUCGGUCUGUCCAAUGUUGAGGGGCUAUCUGUUCUGCGCUCCUUCAGACUGUUACGUGUCUUCAAACUGGCAAAGUCUUGGCCCACGCUCAACACUCUCAUUAAAAUCAUUGGCAACUCAGUCGGCGCGCUGGGAAACCUGACGCUCGUGUUGGCCAUCAUCGUCUUCAUCUUCGCCGUGGUGGGCAUGCAGCUGUUUGGCAAGAACUACCAGGACUGUGUGUGCAAGAUCUCUCAUAACUGUCAGCUUCCACGCUGGCACAUGAAGGACUUCUUUCACUCCUUCCUGAUUGUGUUCAGAGUGCUGUGUGGCGAGUGGAUUGAAACCAUGUGGGAUUGUAUGGAAGUAGCCGGGCAGCCUCUCUGUAUCCUGGUGUUCAUGCUGGUCAUGGUCAUUGGGAACUUGGUGGUGUUGAAUCUCUUCCUGGCCUUGCUGCUUAGCUCGUUCAGCUCUGACAACCUUUCAGCUCCAGAUGAGGACGGCGAUUUGAAUAACAUCCAGAUCGCUAUCGCUCGCAUCCACUCUGGUGUCUCUUGGCUUAGCGGAGGCAUCGUAGACCUUUUCAACCACACUUUGAAAUGCAGGCAAAAGAAAACCAAAGAAACCUGUAAAGCCGUCAAGAUGGCUGGCAAUCAUCUGGACAGCAAUGGUGGAAUUUAUGGACGUUAUGGAGAGAAGUACAUCAUACCAGAAGAGGACAGCUACAUGACCAACCCCAACCUGACCGUUAUUGUUCCGAUUGCGCCUGGAGAGUCUGACGUGGAGUUUAUAGAGGAGGAGGAGAUUUCCGAGUCAUCAGAGGAUGAAGACAACAAAGAGAAGAUCAGUCUGUCAGAAGGCAGCACGGUGGAUCUGAGGAAGCCUGGCGAGGAGAUGGACAAUUUAUCCGAGCUGGCUGAAGAGUGUAUGGAGCCAGAGGAAUGCUUCCCAGAAUUUUGUUUGAGGCAUUGCCGGUGCUGUGACAUAGACAUCAGCCAAGGUCUGGGCCAGGCCUGGUGGAGACUGAGGAAGACCUGCUACCAGAUUGUGGAACACAGCUGGUUUGAGACCUUCAUCAUAUUCAUGAUCCUGCUCAGCAGUGGCGCUCUGGCGUUCGAGGAUAUCUACAUUGAGAAGAGAAAAGUCAUAAAAGUCAUGUUGGAGUAUUCAGACAAAGUCUUCUCCUACAUCUUUGUCCUGGAGAUGUUCCUCAAAUGGAUUGCGUAUGGCUUCAAGAAGUAUUUCACUAACUACUGGUGCUGGCUUGACUUUCUCAUUGUGGAUGUGUCUCUGAUAAGUCUGGUGGCAAACUCUCUGGGAUAUUCCGACUUUGCUGCAAUCAAGUCCCUGAGGACCCUCCGCGCUUUGCGGCCUCUCAGAGCGCUGUCCAGAUUUGAGGGCAUGCGGGUGGUAGUGAACGCUCUCAUUGGAGCCAUCCCCUCCAUCAUGAAUGUGCUCCUGGUGUGUCUCAUCUUCUGGCUCAUCUUCAGCAUCAUGGGAGUCAACCUGUUUGCGGGCAAGUUCGGGAAGUGCGUGAACAGAACGGGCUUCAUCCACAGUUUCUUAGUCGUCAACAACAAAUCAGACUGUCUGGCCAUGAAUGACACCCAGUACUACUGGACAAAGGUGAAGGUCAACUUUGACAACGUGGGACUGGGCUACCUUUCCCUUCUACAAGUGGCAACAUUUAAAGGCUGGAUGGAAAUAAUGCACGCAGCUGUUGAUUCAAGAGGAGUGGAGGAGCAACCCAUCAGAGAAAUCAACCUCUACAUGUACCUUUACUUUGUUGUCUUCAUCAUCUUCGGCUCCUUCUUCACCCUCAACCUCUUCAUCGGAGUCAUUAUUGACAAUUUCAAUCAGCAGAAAAGAAAGAUGAGUGGACAGGAUAUUUUCAUGACUGAAGAGCAGAAGAAAUAUUACAACGCCAUGAAGAAGCUAGGAAGUAAAAAGCCUCAAAAGCCGAUACCAAGACCUGCGAACAUUCUCCAAUCCUUCUUCUUCGACCUGGUGUCCAAGCAAGCCUUUGACAUCAUCAUCAUGAUGCUGAUCAUAGUCAACAUGCUGACGAUGAUGGUGGAGACGGACGAGCAGUCGGAGCGCAUGGAGUCCAUCCUCAACAAGAUCAACCUGGUCUUCAUCGUCAUCUUCACAACCGAAUGCCUCAUCAAGAUCUUUGCCCUCCGCUGUUACUUCUUCACAGUUGCGUGGAACAUCUUUGACUUUGUUGUGAUCAUCCUCUCCAUUGUGGGGAUCGUUCUUGCUGACAUCAUUGAAAAGUAUUUUGUAUCUCCAACCCUGUUUCGAGUCAUCCGCCUGGCAAGGAUAGGACGUGUGCUUCGACUUAUACGUGCAGCCAAAGGAAUAAGGACUUUACUGUUUGCCUUAAUGAUGUCCAUGCCAGCACUCUUCAACAUCGGCCUCUUGCUUUUCCUCGUCAUGUUCAUCUACGCUAUCUUUGGCAUGGCAAACUUUGCCUACGUGAAAAAACAAGACGGGAUUGAUGACAUGUUUAACUUUGAGACCUUCGGGAAUAGUAUGAUCUGCCUUUUCCAGAUCAGUACCUCAGCAGGCUGGGACAACCUCUUGAGUCCAAUAAUGUCCAGCUCCCCAGACGAGUGUGACAUAAAUUUCAUCAACACUGGCACAAACACUCGAGGCAACUGUGGCAGCCCCUCCGUGGGCAUCGCUUUCUUUGUAAGCUACAUAAUCAUCUCGUUCCUCAUCGUGGUCAACAUGUACAUAGCCAUCAUUCUGGAGAACUUCAGCGUCGCCACGGAGGAGAGUACAGAUCCACUGAGCGAGGAUGACUUUGAGAUGUUUUACGAGGUUUGGGAGAAGUUUGAUUCCGAGGCCACGCAGUUCAUCGAGUUCUCCAUGCUGUCGAACUUUGCUGACACCCUGUCGGAGCCUCUGCGCAUAGCCAAGCCCAACAAGAUCAAACUGAUCUCCAUGGACCUCCCCAUGGUCAGCGGAGACAGAAUCCACUGCCUGGAUAUCUUGUUUGCCUUCACGAAGCGGGUCCUGGGCGAGUCGGGUGAGAUGGACGCCCUCAAGCAGCAAAUGGAGGAGAAGUUCAUGACGACCAACCCCUCCAAGAUUUCCCAUGAGCCCAUCACGUCCACGCUGCGACACAAGCUGGAGGAGGUGUCGGCUGUCAUCAUUCAGAGGUGUUACAGGAGGCACCUGGUCCGCCGGCAGAUGAAGCAGGCCUCCUACCUUUACAGGCAAAUCAACUAUGAGACUGUCGUGGAUGUGGAGAACGCACCGGAGACGGAGGGGCUCAUAGCAUCCAUGAUACAUCACUACGGGCCUGUGGGGGAAGAAUUUCUGGAGACAGCAGAGGCCACGCUAAUGUCCUCACCACCUUCUUAUGACAGUGUGACCAGGGCAGCCAAUGACCUCUCAGAGUUCAUUAGGUUGAUAUCCAGAGACUCUGAACUCGGGGAUCCUCAUGAAAACUACGAGGAAACCUUCCUUUGAGAUUGCGUGGAGUGUGUUUGUUUCUCUUUAUAUGCUUAAAGCAAGUCAUGGUCAAAGAGAUUUAGCUUUUUAAAUAAAAAAAAUGCAUACACGCACAAAUGCAGCACCCGUGCUGAUGAGGAGGGCUUUGCAUCAGCUUAAAAAUGAACACAAUUCAAAGUCAGUACAACGCUAAUACAAGAGACAAUGCAGAACUGCAGUGCGUCAUACUGCAGGGCCCGUUCAUAGACACACACUCCUGAUCAAAAUGUUAAGACCAGUUGAUAAAUUGCAAGAAUUUACAUUUUGCAUUGUUGGAACUCAAGGAGCUUCAAAAAGCUAAAAGAAGAAAUGAGAGUGACAAAAAAAAUUGAGUAAGCAAUUUAUUGCAAACAAGCAUAAAAGUGAAAUAGGCUGUUCAUCAGCUGAUCAAAGGUUUUAGCUAAAAAAUACCUGAAACCCCCCUAAAAUAUAAAUAAAAUGUUCCAAAAAGGACUGAGUAGCUGCACCAUUCUUGUUAAUCACCUCAGAAAUUGGUCAAAAUGCCCCCUGCAACAUCUUCACAUAGCCAGAUGCCGUUUGACGCCCCUGCACAACCCGAAGCUCCAUUGUUCCAUCCAGGAUCAUGAUGGCGCCCUCUCCGCUGUGCAGCGUGGAGAACAUCUCAGGUGGGAUCCUCAAUGUGGGUUGGAAGCCAUCAGGACCGUCAAGGUUACCGGGCCGGUGACAUUUUUGUGGGGGUCGACCACUUGACUUUUCUUUUCAGUAACCCUCAGGAUGUUUGAAGAAGUUUCAAAUGACUGUCUUACGGCGUCCAACCUCAGCAGCAAUGGCGAGAGGCCUUGCUUAUGCAGCUCAACAAUCCCACCGCAUUCAAACAGAGAAAGCUUUUUUGCCUUUGCCAUCAAGAGAUCAUGACAGACAGAUGACGACUUGACAGAAAAUUACAUUCAAUCCACAUUUUUGCCAAGAUUUUGGCUUUUAAAGGCCAUAGGUCCUAAACGUUUGAUCAGCUGAUGAACAGCCUGUUUCACUUUAAUGCCCGUUUGCAAUAAAUUGCUUGCUCACAAUUUUUUUUGUGCGACUCCCCUUUCAUAUUUUUGAAUUUUGAAGCUCUACGUAGAACCUCCUUAAGAUCCAACAGUGCAAAAUGUAAAUUAUUGCAAUUUUUCAACUGGACUUAACAUUUUGAGCAGGAGUUUACAUACAAAAAUGUUCCUAAGCCCCUCCAAAAUUAUAUAAUUUUAUAUAUUUGUUUUCUUUUUUUUUAGCUAAAAAAUUUGUUCAGGCAUGUGCUUAACAAAAAACAGCGGAAAUUUGAGUGGAAUGUGUGUAAACAAAUAAUAACACAAGUUGUGAUCAUUUGUUUAAAAUAGUGGUAGAGGUGGACUUUAGGACCCAGCUGUCGUGUGUGGGUUAUUGUUAAACCAGACUGCAGGUGGUCCUCAGGUUACAAAGGCGUUCCGAUCCUAGACUGUGAUAUAAGUCAAGUUUUAGUCAAGUUUGAACUUAUACUUGACACUGUACACACUGUACACAGAACACAUGAAUGACAUACACAGCCGUCACUCACAAUAUUGCCAGAAAUGACUGAAUUAGUAAAUGAUGGUUGUUUCCUGGUAGACUAUGGUCUAUUAUUGGUCUAUUAUUAGUCAAAACAUACUGAAAUACAAGUGAUAUGUAGUAUUCUGGUCACUAGGUGGCAGUAAUGACACAAAACAUUGAAACAUUACCUUACAUGACAUUACCUUAACACUGCAUGAAGUCAUGAAGUUCAGCCAUGGCAUGUCCAACAUGACAGUGUGGGAAAAAAAAGUGUGUGGAAGUGGUUUUUGGCUUCUUAAGUUUAAAAGAAAUACAUUCGAGGCAAACUGGUUAGCUUCUUAGCGAGCGAGCUCACGGCUGUCUCGAGUCGCAGUAGCGUAAGAGUUGUGCAAUGUGAUGUAAACAAUGAAUAAGGAGUGCCAAGGUGACUAUAGGGGUGUUACUUCAUGUCUACAGGGCUCUAAUAAUGUUAAAACGCGUAUUUAGGAAGUCAUAAACAGGUUUUCUAUCCUCUAACUACAAAAAUAUUCCAUUUAUUAACAUUGAACUCUAAAUCACGUAAAUUCAUUUAUGGCGGUCGGGUCUGCAACCAAUUAACCGCUAUCAACAAGGGACGAGUGUAAUAAGAGAACAACUCCUUACUUUUAUCCCGGUGGUUGUCCUUAAAAUAAUCUCCCAGGCUAGUCUGGAAGGAUAACCUCCUCUUCUCCUCUCAGAUCUCCUUGUAACACCGCACAGAAUCCACAACCCUUUUGGCACUCAUUAGCAUUCAGUCUUCAAUCUUUAUCCUUCACCCUUUAAAGGCCAGUUUGUUUUCACAAUGCCGCUGUUUUUUUAUUGAAAAAAACUAAACAAUAACGUUUUUUUUUUUACAUAUAAUUACAAUUACAUCAGUAAAGGCAUCAUUUCAAGAGCAAGGCCCGCUUGCAGAAAAGGUUGAGAAAUGUUUACUAGGGGUGUCACAAGAUCUCACGAGAUUAAAACGUGACAAGACUUCUCGUUCAGAAAAAAACUGUCCCGUGGGCACUCGGCCUGGGACGAUAAUGAAUUAAUCAAUCGCACGUUAAAUUCAAAUGAACUGGAUCAUUUUGCCGGCCUCAAUAUAUUGCCAUGUGCACACGUGUCUGCUCUCCUGGUCUCCCGACUCCAAACAGGCAGGAAGAGAGUUCACUCUGUGCAUUGCUUCCAGCACCUUAGCGCGUUUGUUCCGUAGAACAACGGCAUGAACGGUGUGAGCCCUUUUGUCACGGUGGGUGCAGGCGAGGCCGCUAGCAUACACACAGAGUGCAGAAGAGUGUAACAUAGUAGACAUUAUACACUAUAAGUAGAUUGCAAUAUAUUUAGAUUUUUUUUAAAACAUUUUUUAGUGUACUUUUCUUAAACAUAAUGUCUCAAUCUUGUCUCGUCUCGUUCUCAUAGACCCAAUCUCAUGUAUCGUCUCGUCUCAUGAACUGAGUGUCUCGUGACCAAAAAAGCAGCCAAUAUCUCUCUGAGCUUUUAUGAUGUUCACUUUUACUCCACGGUGAUGGCUUUCCUUUUCCUUGGCGCACUGCCACUUGGGAGACAUCAUGAAGUGCAGAAGGUUAACUAAGAAGCAAUUCUUCGACCGUUCUCGAGCCAGUCUCUUGCUUCCAGACCAAAAUUAAGUUCUGACUUCAUUCAUAGUAACCACAGAACAUCACAAAAAGGAACGUCGCAAACUGAGGACCACCUGUAUUUUUUUUUUUUUUUUACAUAAUUUCUGUGUACAGUACACACAAAUCUUGUAUUGCUUUGGAAUGCGGGCUCAUGCGUAGAAACACAUUGCAGAUGAACAUGCACAGCUGCAGGGACAGUAGUGAGCAACACAAUCUGGCACGAGAAGCGAAUUUAAGUGAAUAACUGUUGCUUGUUUUUGACUGCGGUGAAAAUCACAACCGUUCAGAAUCAAACAGAACAACUGGUGUGUAACUAAACGUCAUUAAUAAUAAUCAAAUUUUCAUGUGGGUGUGAAUAAGCAUUGCACAGGGAGCCUAUUCCUCAAGUCAAUGUCAGCGCUUUAUGCUGUGACUGAUGGCUUAUGUAACACAAAUUCAUGUUUAUUUUUUUCUAGCAAUGCACAUCGCAAGGUUGUGAUCAUGUGCGAUUGCAAAUUAGAGCGGUGCGUACUAAUAAUUCUUGAAUGAUGUGCCUGAUUGUCGCUGUUGUCUGCACGGUUCUCUCAAUCUCUUUAGACCAUGUCACUUGACUGAUGGAUGCAGGUUUGGAGGAGCAUAUAGGCGCAAAAGAGCACAUUUUUGUAAUUAAUGCACCAAAACAUAGCAGUUGUAUAGAUGUAAAACACAUUUUUAUGAUUUUUGUAAUGUAUAUUUGUAUGUAUUUAUAAAGAAAGACAUGCAUGACAGCCAUACGAGAAGCUGAAAUGAAAUACAUAUACUGUGUUCACUUUUCUAUAAAUAUAUAUA